CUUGGGAAUAACACAUUCUAGGCCUUUCAGAGAGAGAGAUUGCGACAGCCUGAGGGCGGGAGAAAAAGAAAGAAAAGAAAACAGAUUGAAAAGAAAGGGACUGGACCCAUCGCAAGAAAGGAAGAUGAAACUGCAACUAGUCUGCGUGGUCUUCAUUCUUCUCAGCGCGGCCACCAGAAACACUUGUGCCUUCAAACUUCAGACAGAUGUUGAGAAAGACCUCACGAGCUUGGAUACGUACAAGACAGAGCCCAGGGCAAAUACUGUUCAGGCGUUGCUACGGAGAGCCAAGCGCUUCAACAGCCACUUCCCCACCUGCCGCUACUGCUGCAAUUGCUGCAGAAACGAAGGAUGUGGCCUGUGCUGUUGGGCCUGAGGGCCAAGGAUGACUUUGGCACCGCCGGGCUGCUCCC